UACGGCCAGCAUCUGUCCAAGGACGAGGCGCACGAGCUCAUGGCGCCUCAUCCAGACACGCCGGAUGUUGUCUCGCAGUGGCUCGUAUUUCAUGGGAUUGAUGAGGCGAACAUCAAGUAUUCUUCCACCGGAGACUUUAUGACUAUCAGUGCUCCCGGCGUACGUGUGGCCGAGUCUAUGUUUGAUACGGACUUCCACGUCUAUGCCGAUUCAGGGGAUGCCCUCGCGCGCACGACAAAAUACAGUAUUCCAGAGGUUCUCCAUAAUCAUGUCAACCUCGUCCAGCCGCUCGUCAUGCUCGCUCCUCCGCCUCAAGCGUCAAAGCCGGCUACGCCUUCUAGCAAGAUCACGUCAGCUGACCUGAGCCAGGAAGACAACGCCGUCGAUCCCUCGUGCGAUUAUCAGAUCAACCCUAACUGCCUUCGCCAACUUUACAACAUUGGAAACUACACGGCGUCUCCUGCUAAAGGCAAUGUAAUUGCGGUCUCGGCGUUUGAAGAGCAGUACGCGAGUUACACGGACUACGCGCUGUUUGUGGAGGGUUAUGCCCCGUCCGCUUCCGGAGCAAACUUCUCUGUUGUCCCUAUCAUCGGUGGGAUUAACGACGCAACGGCCCCCGGUGUCGAAGCCAAUCUGGACAUACGUUACGCGUUUGGUUUGACAUGGCCCAUUCCCGCGACAUUCUAUACCGUCGACAAUUACUCAGAUACAGCUGGGAAUGGGAACUACACGUUUGCCACUGCAGCGCUUCACUAUAUCGACUUCUUGUUGGAUCAGACAGACAUACCCCCAGUCAUCUCGAACAGCUACGGAAACGACGAAACGAUAUUUACGCCCGCACAAGCCAACAAGAUAUGCCAAGGCUUUGCUGCAUUGGGGGCGCAUGGGGUCUCUGUCCUGUACUCCUCUGGAGACAACGGAGUCGGAUAUUUCUAUCAAGAGCCGACACCGUUCUUGAUCCAUUUCCCUGGUAGCUGCCCAUAUGUCACGAUGGUCGGAAUGACAACUGGAAUUAAGGAAGUUUCUGGCACUAUCACUGAAUUUGCCUCCAGUGGCGGCGGGUUCAGUAACUACUUCCCUCGCCCAUCGUACCAAGACAAGCAGGCCAACGACUAUCUAAGCUAUCUCGGAGAUCAGUACCAGGGCCUGUACAAUUCGAGCGGACGCGGGUAUUCGGACGUGUCCGCCCAAGGCAUCGAUUACUUGAUUGAAUACUACGGGUACACGUACAACGAAACGGGCACCUCGGCUGCUACACCCGCGUUCGCUGCCGUCAUUGCGCUGCUCAACGAUGUGCGGAUGGAUGCCGGAAAGGGGCCAGUCGGGUUCUUGAACCCGUGGCUGUACUCGUCGGGCUAUGCCGAGCUGAAAGAUAUCACUGAGGGAAGUAACCCCAGCAGUGGAACUAACGGCUUCAACUCCUAUUUCUCAACAUCUGUUCAAGUGACUGGGUUCGGGACACCUGACUUCGCGAAGCUCAAAGAGCUUGUAAUAGCACAAAGGGUCGAUAGAGUGGACAAGCCGAGACCGACGUCCCCAUCGCUGAUAUUAUAUCUUCAAGUAAAUUUGAACUCACGCCGCUUUCGUUCUUUAAGCUUGAUUGCUCUGACUAGCUGA